AUCUAUCUGUUCAAAUAAUUACUAUUUAUUUUUUAAUUUAAAUUAUACCUACUAGUAAACUACUGCUGUGUAGUCUUGUAGACUAAGUAGGUAGUCUCCAGACUAAGCAGUAUUACAAUAUUUAAUCUUUAACUGUUGUUUAUAAUUUUUUAGUUAAAUUUUAACAUGAUUUUUUUAUGUUUUAUUCAAAAAGUCUUAUAAUCAAGAUUUGUUUUUAUUGUAUCUCUUCUACUUAGAUAAUUUAUAUCUAGUUAUUCAACUGCAAUUUUUCAAGAAUCAUGUCUAACGAAGUAUACAUUGUUUCGGCUGUCCGUACACCGAUAGGUUCUUUUUGUGGUUCGUUAUCAUCAUUAAAAUCACACCAACUGGGACGUGCAGUUAUUUCAGAAGUACUUAAGCGAGCCGAUGUCAGUCCAAAUGAUGUGUCUGAAGUUAUUAUUGGGCAGGCUCUCACUGCUGGACAAGGUCAAAAUCCAGCUAGACAAGCCUCGGUCAAUGCUGGAAUUCCGUAUAGUGUACCAGCUUAUUCCAUUAAUAUGCUCUGCGGAUCUGGAUUAAAGGCGGUUGUACUUGGAUACCAGGCAAUUAAAUGUGGUGAUUCUUCAAUUGUCAUUGCGGGAGGUCAAGAAAGUAUGAGUAACUCGCCUCACGUUGUAAAUAUUAGAUCGGGAAUCAAAAUGGGGAACACUGAUUUAGUGGAUACAAUGCUCUAUGAUGGAUUGACUGAUGCAUUUAACAACAUACAUAUGGGUAUCACUGCGGAAAACAUUGCUGAGAAAUAUGAGCUUUCUAGACAAGUCCAAGAUAGUUACGCUUUAGAUUCUCAAAAAAAAGCAGUAGAAGCUCAGGAAAAAGGAUACUUUAAAGAUGAAAUUACACCAGUUGAGAUAAAAGUACGAAGAUCUACCGUUUUGUUCGAUACAGAUGAAUAUCUAAAACCGGAAACCACCCUGGAAUCGUUAUCAGCAUUGAAACCAGUAUUCAAACCUAACGGAACAGUCACUGCUGGAAAUGCAUCAGGGUUAAAUGACGGUGCCGCCGUUGUUCUUUUAAUGAGUGCUGAUGAAUGCAAAAAACAAGGAUGCACCCCAAUUGCCAAAAUUGUAUCACACGCUGAAUGCGGUGUUGAUCCGAAAAUUAUGGGCACUGGGCCCAUACCUGCUGUGUUAAAAACUAUUGUGAAAGCUGGUUGGUCACUUGACAGUGUGGACUUGUUUGAACUAAAUGAAGCGUUUGCUGCUCAAUCGCUAGCUGUACUUCAAGAUCUAGGUUUGAGUACUGACAAUGUGAAUGUAAAUGGAGGUGCCAUAGCGUUAGGCCAUCCAAUCGGAGCAUCAGGGGCCAGAGUAUUGGUCACGCUUGUGCACACACUGAUGAGAAACGGGAAGAAACGAGGUGUCGCAUCAUUAUGUGUUGGCGGUGGCAUGGGAAUUGCCAUUGCUGUUGAGACAUUGUAGUAAAACAUAGUUUAUUCAUUAUUUAUUUGUGUAUACGUUACUACAACUUAAAAUUGUUAGCAAGUAAAUACCUCGGUAUAUUUUUUACUUGCUGAGAAACAGUUUCUUUAUUUUUUUUUCAUAGUAUAUUUAUUUUGGCUUAAGCGAACGCCAAAUACUCAGAUCAAAGUUAGAUAUAAUUACUUACCUAUGUUACUGUUUAAUAAAAAGCACAAGACAACCAGUUGACUGAAUAUAUAUUAUACAAACAAUUAAGUUUUUUUUAAAAAUAAGUUAUAUUCUACUUUAUUAUUAGUUGGGUGAAAGGUUUAACUUGUGAUGUUUUACAGUAUUUAUUACAUAGUUAUCAUUUUUAUUGUUUUAAAUUUCAUUAUUGUUUAUGUUUGAAAUUAUUAUAUAUUAUAUUAUAUAAAUAUAUAUUUUUGUACUUAAAAAUCUUUAAUUAAAAAAUAUAGUUAAAAACCUAAAUAA